UACGUGGGGUGUGUGGUUUGUUGGAAUUUUUCAGGAAGUGAUGUGUAGAUCUCUCUCUCUCACUGGUCUGAGUCAGUCAGGUUUAGAUGAUCUGCAGCUUCAUGAUCGUACAAUGGCACGUUUCAGGGUGUGGACACUUUAUUGUUGUUGUUUGGUGUUUGGAAACGGUGAACAUCUGUGCAAAGAUAAACUUUUAAAACGCAGUAACGUUUCUACUGAGCUCCAGUCUGAUGUCCUGCUGCCGUGUGACUUCGAUCCAGCUCUCCUCGGAUCAGAUAAGACUGCAGAUAUAGCAGUGCAGUGGAGACAGAUAAACACAACAUCACACGGUUUACUGGAGAUCUCUCUACAGGGAGAAGCGAUGUUCUGGAAUAGUAAAGAACGACGUAUCAAGCAUUUUCCUAAGCUCUCUGAAUCAGGAAACUUCUCCGUCCUCCUUCAGAAAGUGCAGCCGUAUGAUCUGAGUCUCUACACAUGUGAGCUGUUUAAUGGGACCAGGAGUAUUGGGUGUCAGGAGAUAGAGCUGGUUUCCCUGCCUCUGAAAUCCAUCAGCAUAGCAGGAGCAGUAGCAGCAAUAGCAGGAGCAGUUCUUCUGUUCUUAGUUCUAAUAUGUUUUUGGGGAAUAAGCAAUAAACGAAAGCCACAGCCACAGCCUGAGAGCAGGCGUGAAAGCUGUUACACAGAAGUGUGAGUCGACUGUGUUUAUUCUCAUGCACACCUGUGAAGGAAGAUGAUCAGUUUUCAAAGGACAAAUCCAACUAAAAUGAUAUUUAUCUUUAUAAUCAGUAUAUCGUCAUCAAUGAAGUACAAGAGCUGUGAGCUGAUGCUCCAGUUCAAUUGUUUUUAAGUGACAUGUUAAUCUGUUUUCAUCAGUUUCCUACAUUACCCAUAAUGCUGUUCAACAUCCUGCUGAUUAGCUCACUUAGUCCCUCUUUAGUUCCUCUUGCUCUUUUUGUUUUUAUGAGUAACAGUGUUCUGCUAUCCCUUAUGUUGAGAUCAUUAAAAUUCUCUAUAAUUUUCUCUUAUUAAACACUGUCACAGGAAUAACCACAAUACAGCAUCAUCCCACAAAUAAGCAGCACAAAUCACUAAACACAGCAACAUACUAACAUUUCAGUGUCCUGUCUACAGUCCCCUCUGCUGUAGCAGUAAUCAGACUGCUCAAUGAAAU